UUAUUAUUUAUUUAUUUAUUUUUAUAAUUUUUUUCUCUACCCGAAUGGGAGGAGGAAGGUGACAGGACGCCGAGGACACCCCUGCCUCUACCGUCUGAGAGCUAUUUCUAAAUUCCUUAAAACGAAAUGUUAACUGGCUUAAGAAAGUUGUAAAUUAAUUCACAAACUGUCAUUUUAUUGCGAACAACAGUUCAAGACUUAUCGGACCAAAUAUAUUGGGGUCACUACAAAAAUCUGUCGAUAGUUGUUUCUCUGGUUUUCAUACUCUGGGUAUUCAGCAUUAUAUGGCUGGGAUUUGAGGACUGUCGCAUGUUGGGCAGUUAGGGGAUGUCCUUAAUCCAAUUCUGUACAUAUAACUCCUCCCACAAGCCAUGGUUAGUUUUCAUUCUGAAAAUAGUGGAAUAGAAUUCCUUUUGCCCGCCUCGUUCCCAAAACCGCGGUUUUGUUUUUAGCUUUGGGAUAAAGCUCGAUAGUACUCGCCAACUGUUACUGAUCAGUAGUCUUUAUCCCAUAUAUUGAACCACAGUUGAUAGAAUUUUUUUUUAUUUUAAUUUGAUAGGAUACACCAGAUAUAGUGGCCUCUUUUGUCAAUGUGUCUUCAGUUUUGUUAUAAUAAAUACCAGCAUGACCUUUAACCCAACAUAUUGUCACAUUUUGUCCAGCUUUGUUAGCUCAAAGAUCUUUCUGUAAAUAUCUGAAAUAAUAUUUACAACUUGGGGUUUUACAUAUACUAUCUACAGUGCUCAACAGUCCAUUAAGAUACAGAAUUUAAUUUAAUUUCUUCUUUUAAUGAAUUCAAGCGCUUUAUCUAUGGCGGUCAGUUACGCUGUGUAGACGGUUCUUUUUUUAUAAUCAAAAAUGGCGCAACCUGAUUUACCAUCCAAGAGUGACCCAUCAGUAAAAUUUUGCAGAUGGUUUAGAUAGUGUUAUAUCCAUAUUCGAUAUAAAUUCUUUCUGAACUAAGUGUUGAGCGGUCUGCGAAUAGUCUUUUAAAAAUACUGUGUCAAUGCACUGUAAUCAAGCUGGUAUGAAGGGUCGAAAUAGCUUUUAUGUAAUGAGCAUAUCUGCGGGAUUUAAUGUAGAAAAGCUGAAACUAAUGUGGGAGGUCUAUUGUUAAUAAUUGGGCUCUCAAGGCUGACGAGUUUGGUGAGGAAAUUUAAUGCCAAUUUUAACCGCCUUUUCUCUACGGGAGGCUCACAAGUUUUGGCUAACAAAGGCACAAUCAAAGUACCUGGCAAACCCCUAAGGAUACACCUUAGAAAAGGCUCAGCAUUUUUGUGUUAAAAUGAAAUCAUCGUGGGAUGAUAAAAUAGCGGUUUUGUUUGAAACCAAGUUACACUGUGAUGUUGAGUUAAUAGUCUCUGACAAUAAAGCAUCAACGAUUUUCAAGGCACAUAAAAUUAUUUUGAAAAUGUGCAGCGAAUUUUUUUCAACGCUGUUUGGGAGUCAUUUCUUGGAGAGUAAAUCAAAUACUGUUAAAGUAACAGCAGCUCCUGAAAUAUUUGAAAUGUUUUUAGAAUUAAUUUAUACAAAUAAUAUUAAGCUGACAUCAUGUGAACAAGCUAUCGCUCUCUAUAAACUUGGCGAUCAGUUGUUAUCGCCGCUUGUUACCGCAUACUGCUACAAGUACAUUUUUGACAACAUCAACGACAACACAGCAUGCAUUUGUUAUGAAUUUUCCAUUCUUUACUCUUUAAAGAAACUGGAAGACUAUUCGCUUAGAGUGAUACCGAUUAACUGUCAAGGUUUCCUUCAUUUGAGUGAAAGUAGUAUUGUGAAAAUUGUAUCAGAUGGGAAUGUGUUAGCAAGGGAAUUCGAUCUUUUCGAAGCAAUUGCAAAAUGGAUACAACACAAAGGAGAAAAAUCAAAAGAAUACUAUCGAAACUUGUUAAUUCCUAAAUUUCAUUAUUUUAACAUGACACCAAAAGAAUUCUGCGAUGGCCCCAUCAGCAGUGGCUUAUUGAAGGGUGAAGAGAUUUUGGCCAUCCUAGCAAAUCUUACAUCUCAAGAUUGUCGUAUACCUUUUCCCGAAGGCUUUCCGCAAACCUUGAGAGGCGGUAAGUUUCGAAACUGCUUACAAGGGCCUCAAGAGGUCCGUGUACUGUUUGAAGAAGCUCCAGUUUUUUCAAGGCAUUUGAACAGAUGCUCUGGAUUUAUAUCAGUUAAAGAGGAUGUCAUUAUUUCAGGUUUAAAGUUGAGUUGCAGAAUAAAAACAAAAUAUUUGGCCAAGGAUUCAGUUAUUACGUUGAAAAUCAAUGACAAAACUUUGACAAUUGAUAUGAGCCAGUGUUUGUAUGCGGACAACGCACUCAUCGUAAAUUUAUCAUUACCCGUCGCACUAUGGAAAGAUAAAAUUCACACAAUUGAAAUCGACAUGAGUAGUAUCAGCGGUUUGUACAUGCUGUAUAAUUUUUACAAAGCAGAGCUUUCAGGAACACUAUCGAACGGAAUGCAAAUUGAUGCUAUACUCGACGGUGAAUAUUUACCAAUACAAUCACUUUAUUUUUUACCCAUAGGUCAGUGAAAUGAUUAAUUUGAAUUUAAAUAUUUUUCCAUAACUGACAUAAAUUAACGUACAACUCCGAUCUUAAUCUGUUCCCAUUGUUAAGUUAGCAUUGUUUGGAUUGUGUGUACAUGCUAAAUUCCUAACAAAAAUAGUCUAUAAAGUUAAUAUGCAUCUUAACAAAGAUGCAUAUUAUUUCAAUCAUUAAAACCUAUAAAAAUAUUAAUGAUGAUAGAUUAUGAUGAUACACCCAGAAUAACCAUUGAAUGGCAAAAAUGUGAGGCAAAACCGCAAGAAUAGUGAGACUGAAACUGGACAUGUCUCACUGAAGAUGACACAUAGCCAAAAUGCAUUUGAGUGUCAUAAAAACAUAUGAGUGACAGGCCCAGUGUUGUUUCUGCCAUAAUUUUAAUAUAAAUAAAAUUUCUGGUUUAGAAUCUAUUUGAUGCUUGCAAUUUUAUAAUAGUAUGCUAUUAUAAAAAUAAUUUAGCAUAAAAAAAGACAACAUAAAAAGAAAUUUUGUUAUUUGAAUAUGUAACUAU